GUUGUUGUUUCUCGUAAUUGCUGGUCAUUAGUUAUCGCUUGUGGUUUCUGCUGAACAGAUUAAAGAAGUUUUGCGAGAGUACAUUUUUUAUGUUACCAUUGGCUGCUUCCCGGGCUGCGAUUAGUGAUUAAUUUGAACGUCGUCCUGCCAUAGUGGUAACUUGGUGUUUAGUUACCGUUGCAUAGAGCUAUGGAGCAGUCAGUCAGCGAGCUAACCAACUUGCUCUGGAGAUGGGAAUAUGAAAUGCCGACCACUAACUACAACCCCAUUCCGACGUUGAUCAGAUUGUGUGAAUUAUUUGAAACGGAAACAAAAAAAUAUCUUAUAAAAGACCCACAUUAUUUUUAUGAUCGCCAUCCAUCUCGAAUAGACCCUAAUUGUGUAUUGGGCAAGAUGUAUGAGAUUCUGUUUCGCAAAGAUUCUUUAAUAAAUAAGUUACUAACGGACUAUUUAAAAGAACAUCAUUGGCCAAGACAAACUAAAGAUAACCACAAUUUAAAUGUUGCUGCGUGUAGGCUUAUAAUGAAUCUCAUACCAGGUUUAGAAACAUCUUUUGUAUUUGAAAGUUUUGCAAUUGAUCAAGUUAUUCAAAGGCUAUUCACUUGGGCAGAAAAUACUAAUGAACCAUUGCAAACUUAUGCAACAGGAUUAUUGGCAUAUUGUAUGGAGUUGACAGACACUGCUACUAAUUUCAUAGACAAUAAUAAUAAACUUGUCCCGAUUAUAUUGGAUCGUCUACAUUCAUAUUAUACCCAAUCUUUUGAAGAAAAAGAAAUCAAUCAAAGCAUGCAGUCAUAUAAAAAUACAAAUUAUGAGGUGCCUAAUUAUGAUACAGGUGCUCUGUCUUCAAAAACGAAAAAAAGAGAAGAAAAUGGUAUUUGUGGUGAUGGUAAUUUUUUCUAUCCUGAGUCUAUUGCAAGCAACUGGAUACAAAUCUAUCCACCUACGUUGACUACAAAAUUAGUUUACUGUCUCAAAUAUUUAGUACCAACUGGAGAAUAUCAAGAGUUCUUAAGCCAUGCCUACGAGAAAAAUUCACUAAAAUUAGUAAUGAAAAUAAUUAAUUCUUCAGAAAAACAAAAUGAUUAUAUAACUUUUGAAGCAUUAAAAUACUUGGCUGCUCUUUUAUGCCAUAAACACUUUGUCACUGAAUUCAUUGAUUCACGUGGAUUACAAAAAUUACUUUUAAUUCCAAAACCUAGUAUUCCAUCUACCGGUGUUUCCAUUUGCUUUUAUUAUUUGUCAUAUUGCGAAGAAGCAAUGGAAAGGAUUUGUCUUUUACCUGAACAUGUCCUUAUUGAUCUUGUAAAGUAUGCACUUUGUAUGUUGGAGUGUUCUAAUGAUUCAAGUAAAUAUCACGCAACUAUGUUCUUCAGUCAUAGUUUUCAUUUUAGAGUUAUUCAAGAAAUAUUUGAUAACCAUGACGGAUUACGUAAACUGUUUAAUAUGGUGAGUACAUUGCCUAUUCUUUCAUCUGAAGAUCCAUCAUAUAGUUCAUUAAUUGAAGAUGCUGAAUGUUCUUCUAAACAAAUUAUUCGUCAUGCCUGUGCUGGUUUGAAGCAUUACUUUGAAGCACAUUUACAUAUAAAAGCUCAGCAAAUACGUCGAGCAAAAAUAACAGAUUCUGGUCUGUUAAUUUCAUCAACAAUGGUUCAUAAUUUUUUCUCAGUACCUGGUUAUAAAUCUACAAAAAAAUCUCGUGCUGAAGUCCAAGAAGAAAUAGAGUUAUUAUCAAAUGCAGUGUCCCUGAAUUGGACACCAAUAGAUCAAUUACUCAAAUUGGGUGGCUUAAGUUUAUUAUUGAAAAUAAUUAGUUUUGCAUAUGAAUGGAAUUUUUUCGGAAGGCAAGUAUGUGAAGUGAUUAAAAAUGCACUUGAAGUAUUAAAUAUAUGCGCUGUAUUACCAAAAACUCAAUUGGCAUUAUGUGAAAUAGCAUCCCCUAAUGUUCCAGCAGCUAAUCAAAAUGAUACCUUUACAGUGGAAGAAGAUGACCCACAAGCUGAAAAUAACAAUGUCGGAUUAAAUAUUAUUAUAAAAGCAGCAGGAGAUCUUUUAGAUGCUGAUAUUCAAAAAGCUGCUCUUUCUGUUAUUAUAACUUGUGUUUGUGGUGCACCAAUGUAUAGGGAAGGUGGAAGUAUAGCAUAUUUUUCAUCACAUGGAUUAAAUAAUAAACGAACACCUAAGGCACCUUAUGAUGAUAAUAUGAUUGAAAAAGUAUGGGAUUGUUUUAGAAAUAAUAAUGGAAUUAUGGUUUUAGUUACUUUAAUGACUAUAAAAACACCAAUUACUGAUGUUGACGAUAUACGAGGAUUAGCAAGUCAUGCAUUGGCUGGAUUGGCUCGCAGUGAAUCAGUUCGACAAAUUAUCAGGAAAUUACCUUUAUUUAACAGUGGCCAAUUACAACGUUUAAUGGAAAAUCCUGUAUUGCAAGAAAAACGUCAAGAACAUGCAACAUUUCAAAAAUAUGCUUUAGAGUUAAUGGAAUUAGUUUCGAGAGAAAAAAAAAGUAAUGGAGCUAUAAUAGAAGCAUCAGUGGCAAAUAUAAAUCGAGCAAAUGUUGUUGCACAAACUGAAAUUAAUUACAAUGAACAGCAAUUUCUCCUUUUAAUGUAUCAACAUUUAAUGGCAAAAGGUUUGUCCACAACUGCAGAAUCAUUAGUACAAGAGGCAAAUCUUAAUAUAUCCUACAAACCUACACCAUUUACAUAUAUUUCCCAUUGCCGCAAUCAGUCAAUUAGAGGAGGAAUGUAUCCUAUAAGUUCUAGACACAUGAUACAGAACAAAAAAUCUGAAUUAGCCAAUUCAUCAAAUGCUCCUUUAGGUGCUGUAUUUAGUGAAAGAGGAAUAAAAUCAACUCCAAAACGUUUGAAUAUCAUUAGACGAUCAGAAAAUCUACCGAAACUGGAGCCGGAACAAGAACUUGAGUCGCCCAUGUCUAAAUCAGUUCAUAAAAAAAUUUGCCAAGAUUUAACAUCAAUCAAUGAUAAUAAUACUAACUCAGAGGUUAGUUUAGAAUCUAUUAUUACAGAAUACUUCACAAAUCAACAUGCUUCAUGUUUACAUCCUAUGGUUACGUGUCCUCAAUUCAACUUUUUUGUUCCACACAAAUGUCCUGAUCCUAAACCAAGGAACUCAGCGGUAAACUUUGCUAUGAGAUUUUCCAAAAACAUACAUUCUAGAAAACUAAACCAAAGACUCAUACAUAGUCGUUUUUGUCCAACCAGGCAUUUCCACAUGGAUUACGAAGGAGAUUAUUACACUCGUUGCGAGUUUUUAAGUCAAAAUCGUGUUGCUGUUGGGACAAAGACUGGUGCGAUAAAAGUAUUCAAUUUAUUUACUUCUCAAGAAGAACUAUCAUUUUCAGCCCACCAAAUAUAUAUUGCAAACUUACAAUGCAGUAAUAAUGAAAGGUUGUUGUUAUCAUCUUCUUUUGGGAUACCACCUUUAACGUCUAUUUGGUCUAUAUCUGAAGAUGAGAUUAAACAUAAAUAUUCAUUGGAUGAUGAGGAAUACUGCACUUUUAGCAAUUAUGAUCAAAAUAAAAUUCUUGGAACUAGAGCUUCAAUAGCAACAAUAUAUGAUUUAGAAACUAGUGAAAGGAUAUUAACAUUAGUUCCAAAACUUUCAAAUCGGUACAUGAAAAAUCAAGCAGCAUUUGAUGCCACAAAUAAAUUAGUUUUUUCAGAUGGUGUAUUAUGGGAUACCAUCACUGGAAAAGAAAUCCAUAAGUUUGAUAAAUUAAAUCCAUGUGUGAAUGGUAUUUUCCAUCCAAAUGGUCUCGAGAUUAUAUCAAAUAAAGAAAUCUGGGAUAUGCGCACAUUCAAGUUGUUGCAUACAGUUCCAAGUCUUGAUAAAUGUGAGGUGAAAUUCUCCAAAUCAGGAGAAGGAAUGUAUUUGCAUGUCAUGGAUGUGAAACGUGAAAAUGGUUCUAUACACCAAAAUUCAUUUAUAACUUUAGACCCUAAUGACUACACAAAUAUAGCCACUGUUGAUGUUAAAAAAUUCAUAUAUGAUUUGGCUUGCAAUAGUUAUGAUACUCAAAUAGCUAUUGUUGAAAAUGAACGCAUGAAUGGAAAUGUUGAUAAGUCAAUUGUUCAAAUAUAUGAUGUUGGUAGAUUUAGAUGCGAAGAUGAAGCUGUUGAAAAAGAACAUGAUGAAAAAAUUGAUUCUGAAAGUUCAGGUUCAGAAGACGAAGACAGGUCCAGGUUUCUUUUGUACAUGGAUGAAAUGAGAUCUGAAGGAAUGGCAACAGGAGAGAUGAAUGAUAAUAAUUCAAGUGUUAGCAGUAGCAAUAGCAGCUACUUGAGUGUUGGUGAAAAUUCUCGUUCAUCUACUCCAUUAUUUGAUUCAAGUAAUGAUCCAAGUUAUGAUGGCAGUGAAAAUUCAGAUACAGAAGAUGCUGGUACUUAUUUUUAUUAUGAAAUGUAAUGCAUUUUUGUUAUUUUAAUUUAA